AUGGCCGACCGCGAGCAGCCCUACGACCCGUAUAUUCCCGCCGGCGGCAAUGCGCCCCAGGGAGGCGCCCAAGGCCAGAGCGGCAACCACCGCACCGCGGCCCUUCAAGCGGAAAUCGACAGCACCGUCGGAAUCAUGCGCGACAACAUCAACAAGGUCUCAGAACGAGGCGCUCGCCUGGAUUCGCUCCAGGACAAGACCGACAAUCUUGCUACCUCAGCCCAGGGCUUCCGAAGGGGUGCCAACCGCGUGCGCAAGCAGAUGUGGUGGAAGGACAUGAAGAUGCGCAUGUGCCUCAUCGUGGGCAUCAUCAUCCUGCUCAUCGUCAUCAUUGUCCCGUCUGGACAGAAUGAGCGUGGCAACCUGUACUUCACACCCAAAGUCAAAGUGACAAACUUGCUCGUGUACAAAGAUGUGGAUACCGACGGGUAUGCUGCACAACGCCAGUCCAGAAAGGCCGCGCCCGAUGAUACCGCCCUCGUCGCGACCGCCCGCCCGUACACGUCCUCCGUCGACAGUCGCGAUGCCACGUCUAUGCGCUCUGCCUUCCUGAGCCUGCUCGGUAGCGUCAGCUCGCGCAGGGAGAUUGACCAGUACCUCGCCCAGUUCCGAUCCGUGUCUUCGCAGCAGUUCGCCGUUGUCAAAGUGGGAGGAGCCAUUCUUACCGACCAUAUCGACACGCUAUGUCUGGCGUUGCAGCACCUGUACGCCAUGGGCCUGUACCCCAUCAUUGUGCACGGCGCGGGACCCCAGAUGAAUAAGCUUCUUUUGGACGCUGGCGUGGAGCCCGAGUUCAUCGAUGGGAUAAGAGUCACAGACAAGAAGACGCUCGGCAUUGCGCGCAAGCUCUUCCUCGAGGCCAAUAUGGACCUGGUGUUGAAGCUCAGGCAGGACUGGGGCAUUCCGGCGCGGCCCAUCACUGCCGGCGUGCUCGAGGCCGACUAUCUGGACAAGGAGAAGUGGAAGUACGUCGGCGAUAUCACCAACGUCAACUCUCGGCCCAUUGUAGACGCCUUAAAAGCCAAGGAGCUGCCCAUUCUGUGCUCAAUGGCCGAAACUGUAGACGGCCAAAUCCUCAAUGUCAAUGCGGACGUGGUUGCUGGAGCUUUGGCAAGGUCACUGGAGCCAUUGAAGAUCGUAUACUUGUCGGAGAAAGGCGGGCUGUUCAAUGGCGAGACGGGCAAGCUUAUCUCGACCAUCAAUCUGGACGAGGAGUAUGACUCGCUCAUGAAGCAGCCGUGGGUCAAGUUUGGCACCAAGCUCAAGAUUGUAGAGGUCAAGAAGCUCCUGGAUGAUCUACCCAAAACUUCCAGCGUGGCCAUUAUUCACCCGCAAUACCUUGAGAAGGAGCUGUUCACUCACACCGGAGGUGGCACGCUCAUUCGCAAGGGUGAGAGCAUCCAAACUGUAAACAAGUUCGAGAAUUUCGAGGACAUCGCAACGCUUAGGGAAGCGCUCUUGAGGGACCGCGAGAGCAUGGAUUCUGGAGACGUCAUCGACCGAUACUUGAACAACCUUAAGACUAGACCUUUCGAGGCCUUCUUUGACGACUCAAUGGGAGCUGUAGCUAUUGUGUACCCUCCCUCAAACGACUCUGAAUUUGCUCGGCUGUCAACCUUCACUACAACUAAAGACGCAUUCUUGACCAACGUCGCCGACAAUAUUUUCGAGCGCAUGAAGAAGAAGUACCCCAAGAUGUACUGGACCGUGGAAACUCAGGACGAGAACCUUGGCUGGUUCAAGGAAAAGGCUGAUGGAACUCUUCGACGGGAUAAGGAGAUCUUCUGCUUCUGGGGCUCCGUGGAUGCUUCCGAAGUGGUGUCACUGCUGAGCGAAUUCUCUCAGCAUGGCAGAGCCAUGUUCGGUGAUCAGCACUUAGAAGCACAGCUGCGGAGGGCGGCUGACUACGCUGCGAGCUUGAAGCAGGGACAACAGGCACGAGCAUACUCCACGAUGACUCCAGGUGUACGCGCUAUUGGCCGAUCGUCUCGACCCACUUUACGGUCACAACAAGGGCUUCCUUCUUCCCGUGGGUUCUCUACGAGCGCACCGCAAUUCAUUGAGAACACUAACCCCAACCCGCCGUACGGUAUCAAGUUCAAGAGCCGGGAUUGGCCGGCAAAGGUUGCUUUGAUUGGUGCUCGUGGCUACACCGGACAAGCUCUCAUCGAUCUCCUUAACCGACACCCCAACAUGGACCUUCGACACGUCUCUUCUCGCGAACUUGCCGGCAAGAAGCUCGAGGGUUACACCAAGCGCGACAUCACUUAUGAGAACCUCUCUCCUGAGGACGUUAAGAAGAUGGCUGAGAAGGGCGAGAUCGAUUGCUGGGUCAUGGCACUGCCCAAUGGCGUGUGCAAGCCCUUUGUUGAUGCUAUCAACGAGUCUGGAAAGGAGGACGCAGUCAUCGUUGAUUUGAGCGCGGACUACCGCUUCGACUCAUCGUGGGCAUAUGGCCUUCCCGAACUUGUCGACCGUCGCAAGAUCUCCGAUGCUAAGCGGAUAGCAAACCCUGGCUGCUAUGCUACCGCUGCCCAGCUUGGUAUUGCGCCAUUGCUCGAAUUUAUCGGUGGCCAACCCACCGUUUUCGGUGUUUCAGGCUACUCAGGGGCAGGCACCAAGCCCAGCCCUAAGAACGAUGUCAAGAACCUGGAAAACAACCUCAUCCCUUACAGCUUGACAGACCACGUCCAUGAGAAGGAGAUUUCUGCUCAAUUGGGCAAAGACGUUGCAUUCAUCCCGCACGUUGCCGUGUGGUUCCAGGGCAUCCACCACACCAUCUCCAUCCCUCUGAACCGUACCAUGACCUCCCGAGACAUCCGCAACCUCUACCAGGACCGUUACGCCGGCGAGAAGCUCGUCAAAGUCGUUGGCGAAUCCCCUCUCGUCCGCAACAUCUCGGGCAAGCACGGUGUCGAAAUCGGCGGCUUCGCAGUCCACAGCUCAGGAAAGCGUGUCGUUGUCAACGCCACCAUCGACAACCUCCUCAAGGGCGCGGCGACGCAAUGCUUGCAGAAUAUGAACUUGGCGCUCGGUUACGGCGAGUACGAGGGCAUUCCGUACUAA